ACAGUAGGGUGCCUCACCAAAGGAAAAGACAACUGUAAGAUUUGUGAGCUAAGUAGAUUUUAGGUAAAAUUUUAUAAGCUCAAAGCAAAGCAGAGCUGUGUGUAAGGGCACCAACAUCGGCUCUGGACUGAGAAGUGGAUGUAGGAUCGUGUUUCCUUGGAAACUACAAAAUUAAGAAAGAUACGGAAUGUUUUUUUUCAGGAACGUCUUAUCGAAAGCUCUGUACCUGGGAAGAAAUCGAUACUGCUUCUCUGUGUCAAAGUGUCUUAGUUCCUCCAGGCAAGAGUGGUAGUAACAGACGUGGAUGGAAUACCACCAGCCAAAGAUAUUCCAGCGUUAUCCAGCCAUCCAGCUUCUCCAAAUCAACACCAUGGGGGGGCAGCAGAGAUCAAGAAAAGCCUUCUUUCAGUUCCUUCGAUUCUGGAGCUUCAACUAGCAGGAACAGAGGGUUUGGAUUGUCCCAGAAUCCAUUUGCUUCACCCAGCUCUGAUGCGCAGAAAGAUGAUAAGAAGCUUCUGGAAGGAAUUAUAAAAGAUAUGGAAAUUUGGGAAUCAUCAGGGCAGUGGAUGUUUUCUGUUUAUUCGCCAAUGAAAAAGAAACCUAAUAUUUCAGGUUUUACAGACAUUUCACCAGAGGAGUUGAGGCUUGAAUACCAUAACUUCUUAACCAGCAAUAACUUACAGAGUUAUCUAAAUUCCCUUCAACAGUUAAUAAAUCAAUGGAGAAACAGAAUAAAUGAACUGAAGAGUCUAAAUACAUCAACUAACAUAGCCUUGCUCUCAGAUGUAAAGGAUGGAGUAAAUCAAGCAGCACCUGCAUUUGGAUUUGGCAGUACACAAGCAGUAACAUUUGGAUCACCAGGUUUUCCAGUGAAUAACAGCAGCAGUGCUAAUGCUCAGAAUUUUAGUUUUAAACCACGCUCUGGAUUUGCCUCUGCCCCUUCUGGAAGUCCUCCUGUGUUCGGGAAUACUCCAGCAUUUGGAGCUGCAUCCUCUGCCAGUUCUGCCAUCACUACUUCUGUUCCAACGUUUGGAUUUGGGAAACCUGCAGUCACAUCUGCUGCUUCAUUUUCUUUUAAAAGUCCUGCAGCUUCUGGUUUUGGAUCACCUGGAUUUUCAGGAUUUCCAGCUUCCAUGGCAGCAGGCUCUUUUGGAGCUCCAGGGGCCCCAGCCUUUGGAAGUGGCACUUCUAUGGCUGGUUUUGGUAGUCUAGGCUCACAUUCUCACACUGCUUUUUCCAAGUCAUCUAGUGACACCUUUGGAAGUAGUAGCAUAUCCACCUCUCUCCCAGUCUCAAAUGGCAGCACCACAACAGAUAAUGAAUUAUUCACACCCAGGGAUCAAUUAACAGCAGAAGAGCUAGAACAAUUUCAAUCCAAGAAAUUUACUCUGGGAAAAAUUCCUUUAAAGCCACCACCUGCGGAACUUGUAAAUAUUUGAAAGGACAAUUUUAAAUACAGAAAAGAACAGCU